AUGGCUCUCUUGGAGGGGAUGGUUCGCGCAGCGUGUCGGCCGCAAUCCAUUCCAGCCCCCAGGGCCUACUCCUCCCCACUAACGAAAAUGCUGCAAGUUCCGCCUGCGACUCUUGAGAGGCAUUCAAGAAUGAGCACAUAUGAUACGACCGAGAAAGACGACAGCAUCCGCAAACGCAGCGCUACCGAGGUUCGCCAGGCCAUGACCGACAUCAAAUCCGCAGCUCUCGACAGCUUCUACAUCUCCGCGCGAUUCAGGCGCCGUAGGGAUGUUGAAAAUGGCCAUGCUUUGCUCGAGCGCUACGAGAAGUACACUCAACACAAUCCGCAACUGAUCCUCUUCGACGACAAUGGAGGCCCUCUCCUUGGACUUCAUAUCCAACGCCGAGUCUCUCGCAUUGUGAAAAUGGGGAUCGAUAUCCGAAUUUUCACUCAGCUAGAAGCUCGAACGGAAGGGAAGAGCAAGAUCUUGGAGGAUUCAUUGACGGAAUUCAAGCGAGACUGUAGAGGUCUGCGUGAUGAGAUCGCAAAGCACAUAAUACCAGAUGGCGUCAAUGUGGAGCUAGAAGCUGCACGCAUUGUUUAA